AUGGCCGCCAAAAAUUCGAGCCGUACAACUCGUUCAGCAUCGUCAAAAUCGCUCAGCAAGACCACGUUACCCAAGAAACCUACCAAAACACAGGCCAAAAAAGCAAAAUCUACACGGCGGGCCAAACAGAAGGAGGCUGAGAUGCUUGUAGAGUCAUCGGAUGGAGAAUCGGAUUGUUCUGAGAUAGAGAACGAGGCAGAAGGAGAGGAUCUAUCCAAAUGCUCAAUUGAAAACUUGACCUUGCUCUCUUAUAUCUCCAACUUGAAGCAAAUCCUUACCCAGUUCAAUAAUAUGGCAGAGGUUUACGUAGAAUCGGCAUCCACCCCGACUCUUAACCAAUUCGUUGACCGCGAAGCCACCUGUGGCAACACAAGGACACUUGAAUUCUAUGCCAAAGAUCUUGGCACGCAAAUCGACCUCCUCCUCAUGUUUGAACCUCCUAAGGUCGGCAAGCUCUCACGGCGGGCAAAAGUGCUGACUAGUCAGCCUGGGAUCAGCACUUUUGCCCGCCGUGUCUAUGUCGACUUGUUUCCUCUCGCUUGGAAGGUUAUAUCAUUCUCUGGAACGGGGACAUGCAACGCCUCAGUCACAUACAGUGCAGACACCGGAUUCUUUGUACCUUCGUUCCAAGGGGGGAAUCGUGUAUCUGCCUCUAACGCUCAGCACUGUCAGACUGGAGAAAAAUGUACCCUCAAGGUUGAAGACACUCACAGAUACAUUACUUCCCCGGUUCCUGGAGUUAAAGGUGUUUUGCAAUGCACAAAUCUCACCGAGCGGCCUGCAAGCUUGGGAAUUGGUUUUUUUAAUGACACCGGGUUCAAGAUAGAGCCUGCUCUUUUGUGGGACAACGUUGCAAAUAACUAUACACUUUCAGUUCAGCUUACCCCCAAAUUGAAGAUAUAUGCGGUUUCCGGCUACAAAACCACUGAUGUAAUAAGGGCUGACAUUGAAUCCCCCGUCUUGUUCGAUGAAAAUCUCAUCGGUCUUCAGCCCAAUUCCGACUGGAUUGUCAGCAUUGACGUUGCCACCGGAGAAGUCAGGAUCGAUCCUGCUAAUUAA